AUGUACACCAUUUGCCUCGACGACUUAUCUCAACACAAGAGACUUUUGGAAAAAUCUUAUGGAGAUUGCAAGUUGCCUACAACCACGAAACGCAGAACAACUCCGGAGUUCUUUUUAAUUUCAUCCGGACUGUUGGAUUUUAUUCACUACAGUUUAAGUUUUUUCAUGGAGGACAGUCAUUUUAUGGAGGACAGUGGUGAUUCUUCUGACAGUGAGAAGCUUGCUGACUUUCUUGACCCUAGCUAUUUUGAGUCUGUCAACAAUCUUUGCAUUGAAGUUGAGUUACUGAUGCAAGAUGGCUCUGUUUCUCCUGUUAUGGCCAGGAACAUAUUGAAAUGCCUCUCCUACCUAACUCCUAAGACUGGGAAAAAAGAAUCAUUAAAAAUGUUGCUUCCACUGAAUGAAAAUUUAUAUGAAGCCAUAAGUUGUGAGGGUUAUGAAACUGAUGACAAACUGAAGUACAUUGUGGAUGGCGGUCUAAAGAUUUUACAGGGUAUGUCACUAACAGUGGAAGCUGUGCAUGCCAUGCUGACUGAACCUGAGUAUGAAGGAUUUUUCAAAACUUUCAAGAAGAUGGUCGCUGAUCAACAGCAUGGCUGGCCGGCAGUCAUAGAGAUAAUAAAAAAUAUGCAUGAAAUUGGGUUGAAGGAGAAAAGUCUGUUGUUGGAAGAUUUCAUGAUGUUUCUUGUGGAAACGACAUUCCCAAGCAAGCCUACAAUGAAGACCUUUAGGUUGGUGGAAGAAUUAAAAGACCUGAUUGAGGCAUGUGACGCUGAGUUGAUGGAUGCUUUUUUCGUAAAGUUUAGGCAAGGACUCUUUGGCAUGCUGGCCAGUAAACUAAAUAAAAAAGAGAAGCAUACAGCCAUCGAUUGUUCCUGUAGACUAAUCACAAAACUCGGCGUUCGUCAUUU